AGCAUAACCAACCAACAGCAACAGCAACAGCAACAGGCUCAUAAUUCAGACACGAGAAAUAUGAGCUCAUUCAUAGUGAAAGUAGCUCUGUGCUGUGCGGUGGUGCUUUUGCUUGGACCAUCCAAUGCACAACUCGAUAAUUCCUUCUACAAAGACACAUGUCCAAGAGUGCAUUCAAUCGUGCGUGAAGUUGUCAGAAAUGUUUCCAAAUCUGAUCCACGCAUUCUCGCCAGUCUCAUAAGGCUCCACUUUCACGAUUGUUUUGUUCAAGGGUGUGAUGCAUCAAUUCUGUUGAACGACACAGCUACCAUCGUGAGCGAGCAAACUGCUUUGCCUAAUAACAACUCCAUAAGAGGUUUGGAUGUUGUCAACCAGAUCAAGACUGCCGUCGAGAAUGCUUGCCCCGGGAUAGUUUCUUGUGCUGAUAUUCUUGCUCUUGCUGCUGAGAUAUCUUCUGUUCUGGCCCAUGGUCCUGAUUGGAAAGUUCCACUAGGAAGAAGAGAUAGUUUAACAGCAAAUAAAACUCUUGCUAAUGAAAAUCUUCCGGGUCCUUCUUUCUCCCUUGAUCAACUCAAAUCUGCAUUUGCUAAACAAAACCUCAACACCACAGAUCUAGUUGCACUUUCGGGUGCUCAUACAAUUGGUAGAGCUCAAUGCAGAUUUUUUGUUGACCGAUUAUACAAUUUCAGCAACACUGGUAAUCCUGACCCUACUCUAAACACAACCCUUUUACAAACACUACGGGUAAUAUGUCCUAAUGGUGGAGCUGGAACCAAUCUCACCAACUUAGACCAAACCACUCCUGAUACAUUUGACUCCACCUACUUCUCCAAUCUUCAGAAUCAAAAUGGCUUGCUUCAAAGUGAUCAAGAGUUGUUUUCCACAAGUGGUGCAGAUACCAUUGCCAUUGUCAACAGUUUCAGCAAUAACCAAACUCUUUUCUAUGAAAACUUUAAGGCAUCAAUGAUAAAAAUGAGCAUCAUUGGGGUGUUAACAGGAACACAAGGAGAAAUUCGAGCUCAGUGUAAUUUUGUGAAUGGGAACUCUUCAAGUUUGGCUACUCUAGCCACCAAAGAUUCUACAGAGGAUGGCAUGGUAAGCUCAAUCUAAGUAUGUUAAAAAAAAGAGUGAUCUGAAAAAAUCAAAGUUCGACAAUAAAGAGUUGUAUAGGCACAUACGUGUUAUGUGUGCCCAUGGUGAACCCUAAUAAUGAUCGUACUUUGCAUUUUCUACGACUAGCUACUACUUUUUUGUGAAAUAUGAUUAUGAGAACGAGUUCUUUGAUGGUGAUUAUUUUGGAA